UUGAUGUAGAGUGUGAUUCUCAGGCUGGAGAAAGAGAUCAAAAAGUUAGGUGACACUGAUGUUGCAGUAUGGGUUUGGAGUCCCUUUUGUCUCUUUCCUGGUAUUCGCUGUGCUGGAUCUAAGAAGACAGACUCAUUAAAGCUGUUGGCUGGACUGUGUUGGGUAACAUAAUCUUGCAAACCGGUUCCACUGUCAACUCCUCCGUCACAGCACAUUACUGAACCCUGUUAACUACAGACCUGUCACUGUCCCGUGUCUCCGUGCAGCAGGAUGGCCAAAGGAAAGAAAAACAAACAGGCUAAAAGUAAAACCAUCACCCUGAAAGUGGCUCAGAACUGCGUGGAGUUGACGCUGGAAGGUAAACGUCGUCUGAAUCUCAGUUUUAAGGAGGUCGAUGUGGUGCCAAAGUGCAUCCAGAAGCUGUAUGAUGUGGAUGAACUUGACCUGAGCAGGAACCUGAUCAGAAAGGUCCCCGACUUUAUUGAAUAUUUCAUCCGCAUCCAGGUUUUGGAUCUGCACAGCAACUAUCUGGAGCAGCUCCCCGAGACUAUCGGCCGUCUCCAGAACCUGCUGGUUUUGAAUCUGUGUAACAACCGUCUGACGAGCCUCCCCAGUGAGCUUGGCCUGCUGAAGAAACUCCACACCCUCAACCUGGGUCUCAACCAGCUGGAGACUCUUCCCCCCUCCAUCGGUGCUCUGAAGGAGCUCCGCCACCUCGGCCUUUCUGACAACCAAUUCACCCGUGUCCCUGGCUGCCUUGCGAGGCUGAAUCAGCUGGAGAAGGUCAACCUGGACAGGAACCCCAUCCUCACUGAGAAGGCACCGGGCCACAAGUCACUCAUGAUAACGGAGCAGCUUUACCUGGUCAAGGAGAGCUCCCUGUGUGAGGACUGCCUGAAGAAGUGCCAGACUGAGAGGAAGAGGGUGGAGAAAGGGGACUGAAUUACUGUGUCUAACCAACAUGAAGACUCAGGAUGACAGGGAGAUGCACAGCCUGGAUCACUGUAAAAUCUAAAUACUACCUAGUGAAGUGAUUUAGGUUUCACCACAGCACCAUCUGCUGACAUCCACUGGACUUACAUGAUGCAUUGGCACUGUUGUUAACUGACUUUUAUGCAGCUGGUAUCCAGUGUUUAGGGCAAAGACACGCAGUUGGCGGAAAUGGAUGCUUGUGUUUUUAACUCAAGUUAUAUAGUUUAAGUGGAUAUUUUAGCAAAAGGCCAUCUCAACCUUCGAAAGUUUUUCAAAAUAAGGUAUCACAUUGUUAAAGUAUUUAUGUCCCCUAAAAUGUCUGAAAGUUUGUUACUAAUGAGGUGUUCUCACAUUCUUCUACUAAGGGGGCGAUAUCUGUGCACUUCCCUAAAAUCUGAGGUUCAAACCUACGUUGGCUAGCUAGAUUAGUAACGUCACCAAUAGAGUGCCCCAGAAAGGACGUUUUUCUGUAGGCCGACACGUAAAUUAGCAUCACACUGGUUCCCUCAUCAAAUAGCCUGUGGGAUUUUUCCAUUGGAUUUUGGAUUAUUGCUGAAAAUAAGCUUUGUGGCAAACAAACGUUUAUGAUGCUUACGUGUUUUCAGCAAGAUAAUCUUCACAAAUGGUCACCACUUUCAUGAUUAUUGAACCCUAAAUUCAACUGCCACAUGUAAAAAGCUAACGUUAGGCUAAAACUGAACUACGCUACGGUCACUUAACGUCAACACCAUAACAAGCCUGUAAAGCUGUCUUUAGUGCGGCACAGUAUGAUGACUUGUUAGCAACCGUCUUUUAAAAGACACUUAGAAGCUUCAUAGUUCAUGAGUGGAGCAUUUAGUGAUGAAUAUUAUGUCGUUGAACAAAACAUGAAAGUCUCUUAAGCUUGUGUGAACCACAGACAUUGUUUCAGGUAUCUAACCAGGGGCGCUGGUGGCUUAGUGGUAGACCAGGUGCCCCAUGUACAAGGCUGUUGCCGCAGCGGCCCGGGCUCGACCCCGGCCUGUGGCCCUUUGCUGCAUGUCACUCACACGCCAGGGUCAAGCCCGGGCCGCUGCUCGACCCC